AUGUCUACCGGAGUCUCGUCACUUAUGUUAGUUUGCGCUCAAAAAAUAGGAAGACAGGUAGAUACAUACAUGCUUUUAAAUAAUUAUAGUCAACAAAUAGAAAUGUCAAUUACCAAAGAAAUUAUUUUUCAGUUUUUAACUCGAUCUUCUAUCACUGUUCAACAAGUUCGACACAUGCAAGUACAUGAACAUGUUGCAUAUACUUUAUUGAAAGAUGCUGGAAUUCCAACUCCACCUUUUGGAGUAGCUAAAACCCCAGAUGAGGUCGCUAAAAUAGCUGCAGAUCUAAAGACAAAAGACAUUGUUUUAAAAGCUCAAGUUCUUGCUGGAGGUCGUGGAGUAGGACAUUUUAAAGAUAGCAAUGUCCAUGGCGUUGUUAUGUGUGAAACGCCUGAACAAGCAAAAACUCUGGCCAGCAGUAUGAUAGGCAAAUUGUUAAUAACUAAACAAACUGGAGCUGCCGGUAAAAUUUGUAAUUCAGUAAUGGUAACGACACGGAUGUUUCCACGCAAAGAAUAUUAUAUGUCAGUAAUGUUGGAGAGAACCUUUGGUGGCCCUGUUAUAAUUGUAUCUAAACAAGGCGGUGUAAAUAUUGAAGAUAUUGCCGCCACGAAUCCGGAAGCUAUAUCAUAUAUGCCAGUUGACAUCAUGAAAGGCUUAACAGUUGAACAAGUAAAACAGGCUGUGGAUAAGUUGGGUAUGGAGGGAGAGGGCAGAGAUGUCACUUCGAUGAUUAUCUGCAAUCUCUACGAGUUAUUUAUUGAAACGGAAGCUUUAUUGCUUGAGAUCAAUCCAUUUGCGUUAGAUAUUUGCGGAGAUUAUUUCGCCUUAGAUUGUAAAUGUUCUUUCGACGACAGUUCAGAAUACAGACAAAAAGAAUUAUUUGCAUUGCAGGACUUAACACAACUAGAUCCUAAUGAGGUUCGUGCAGCCAAAUUUAAUUUAAACUAUAUAGCCCUAGAUGGAAAUAUAGGCUGUAUGGUGAAUGGAGCUGGAUUAGCCAUGGCUACCAUGGACAUUAUAAAACUGAAUGGUGGUAUGCCAGCUAACUUUUUAGAUGUAGGUGGUACAGCCACUGCAGAAACCGUAAAAGAGGCUUUUCAAAUAAUAGUCUCUGACCAGAAGGUAGAAGCAAUUUUGGUAAAUAUAUUUGGUGGUAUUAUGAGAUGCGAUAUAAUCGCGCAAGGAAUUAUUUCCGCAUCCAAAGACUUAAGUUUAAAAGUUCCAAUAGUUGUGAGAUUGCAGGGAACUAAUGUAGAAGAAGCAAAAAAGUUAAUCCGUGAAGCACAGUUGAAAGUUAUCUCUGUAGAUGAUUUUUCCAAGGCAGCCGAAGCGGCUGUAAAAUUGGCGUUAAUGGUACAAGCUGCAAAUUCCUUAGAUUUAGAUAUUUCUUUCGCAUCUAGAGAAAAGUUUGAAGGGAAAUCUAAAAAAACGUGCUAA